CAUAAUGACAAUUUCAUUAGAGGUGUUAGUGAUUGCGCCUUUAACUUUGUGAAUUAAAUGUACAUUAUUUUAUACAUUUCUGACACCAAAGUAUAGGUCCUUACAAAAAAAGUCAUAUAAAACAACCCAAUGUAUUUUCCUGUCAUGUUUUUGCUAAACAUUGCCCAUUAUGGUGUCCAUAUCUUUGUUGUUAGAAAUGCAAAUAUAUCAUGUCUAACUUAACAUUUAAGAUCCUCCUUCAGAGGUCAUCACCAUGCAUGGCUUUGCUUUUCAACCAGAUCUUGUCCAUUAACUGCAAGAUGAUGUAUCUCUCCGUGCUGCUGCUCACAUUUGUUGCAGACACCUGGGGAGAAACAAUCUUCAGAAUUUUUGGAUCAAAUGACAAUCCAACCACUCUUACCACUCCAACCACUCUUACCACUCCAACCACUCUUACCACUCCAACCACUCCUACCACUCCAACCACUCUUACCACUCCAACCACUCUUACCACUCCAACCACUCUUACCACUCCAACCACUCCUACUACUCCAACCACUCUUACCACUCCAACCACUCCUACCACUCCAACCACUCUUACCACUCCAACCACUCUUACCACUCCAACCACUCCUACCACUCCAACCACUCUUACCACUCCAACCACGCUUACCACUCCAACCACUCCUACCACUCUAACCACUCCUACCACUCCAACCACUCCAACCACUCCUACCACUCCAACCACUCUUACCACUCCAACCACUCUUACCACUCCAACCACUCUUACCACUCCAACCACUCCUACCACUCCAACCACUCUUACCACUCCAACCACUCCUACCACUCCAACCACUCUUACCACUCCAACCAAUCCUACCACUCCAACCACUCUUACCACUCCAACCACUCCUACCACUCCAACCACUCUUACCACUCCAACCACUUCUACCACUCCAACCACUCUUAUCACUCCAACCAAUCCUACCACUCCAACCACUCUUACCACUCUAACCACUCCUACCACUCCAACCACUCUUACCACUCCAACCACUCUUACCACUCCAACCACUCUUACCACUCCAACCACUCCUACCACUCCAACCACUCCUACCACUCCAACCACUCUUACCACUCCAACCAAUCCUCAACCCCCACUGCAGUGCCUGAGAGGGGUUCGUUUGGACACUGGCAUCUGCCUCUGCCCUGAUGAAUGGACCGGAGAGACCUGUAAUAUAAGUAAAUUCUGUGCAGAGGAAACACUCAAUGGUUUGACUUUUCCACUCACUGUCAUUGGCCACCUUAAUUUUUCAACACAGUUAUGCCCUACAGGAACAACCAAUGCCGGCGUUCCGAAGGCCUCAGCUCAGUGUUUAAGCUCCAAAGGUUCAUUUGGUGAAAUCAAACUUCUGGAUUGUAGCAUGACCCUGGAGAGCAUCCAAAGUCAAGUGACUAAUGCCUCUCUAGAACAGAAACUGCUCAUUGCCUGCAAUCUCCAGAUGCUCACAUCCAAACCAGAGCAACUAACAUCCCAGAACAUCACCUCAGCUGCUGAGAUUGCUUGUAAACUGCUGUCCUCCACUGAGUUAAAUGAGACAGUUGCAGUGGCAGUAGUGGCCAUCAUCAGUCAGCUCAUGAAUGUUGAUCAAAGCCAAUGCUCCAAAGACACUUAUACUGCUUUUGAGAAUCUCACAAUUACUUUGGAGGAUUUCACUUUGCGUAUGAGUGAAUCAAAGUCUGGCGGACUGGUGCAGCCAAACUUGGCUCUGCAAUACCUCAAUGUGGCGAGUGGGACCCCACAAGUGGAAUUAUACAGUCUAAAAGGCCAGUCAAAUAACUUUGCUCCUGACGGAGUAAGUCUGGGCACAGAGGGUAACACGACAAUCUCUACAGGACAACCUGUUGAAAUCCCCUUAACAAUUAACCUGCAAAAAGAUAUGGGGAACAGAAAUAUAGGUAUUGGAGUGGUUCUAUAUGAAAAUGAUCAGUUUUUCAAGUCCAGCAAUUUUAUUAGUCAAAUGGAUACAAAAAGAAGGGUAAUGUCAAUAAGCCUCACUAACCAACAGAUGCUAGAUAACCUGGAGUACACCAUGAGGCCCCAGAACGUAUCUGGCUCAAGACCUCACAACUUUGCAUGUGUGUUUUGGGACUACACUCAGAGAGACUGGAGCACAGAGGGCUGCUACAAAAUGCUUGAUGCUUCUGGCGGCAUGCAGUGUAAAUGCAACCACACCACCAACUUUGCAGUUCUGAUGAGCUACAAAGCGGAUUACGUUUAUUCUGAGGCUUUAAACUGGAUCAGCAUUGUGGGAUGCAGUCUGUCUAUUGUGGCUUUGGUCCUAACAGUACUUUAUCAAAUUAAAACCAGGAAAUUGAGAGGAGCAAACUCCACUGUGCUGUUGGUGAACAUCUGCAUUUGCAUGACAACCUACUACCUGCUCUUCAUUUUUGGAAUCAACAACCCCGUCCAGAACACAGACGACUCUGAUUUAGAGAAGAAUGUUAUCCUUACUUCAGACUGGCAUAAGCCAGUCGAUCAGGGCCCCUGCACUCCAGUUACAGCCCUGCUCCAGUAUUUCCUGCUGGCAACGUUUGCCUGGAACACCAUGUAUGCUGCUAAUGUGUAUUUCCUCAUUAGUAAUGGUCUCAAUGGUCCACCCAAAAGUUUCUUCUAUGUGGCCAUGACAGCCGGCUGGGGCCUGCCUGCUCUAAUUGUUGGCAUCUCACUGGCAACCACCUACAGCUUCAAGGACCCGUUAGGCUAUCGACAAGAACAAUUUUGUUGGCUGGCUUCUCUGGACAAGGGAGGGAGAUUUGAUCCAAAGCGGCCUAUGCUUUGGGGUUUUUUGCUCCCUCUAGCGGUCAUGCUCAGUUUUAACAUAGCUCUACUCAUCUACUUUUCACACACCAUCUGCUGUGCAAAUCCAAACCUGAAGAGCUCACGAGGAACUUCUCUAAAGAAGAAGAUGCUGAGUAGUUUCUCUCUGGCUGUGGUGCUCGGAUUGUCCUGGGUCAUUGGCUACUUUGUGCUCAUCACCCAUGAUAAAACUCUUUACACCAUUCUCAGUGUGGUCUUCUGUCUCUGCAACACAACACAGGGUGUUCAGAUUUUCAUUUUAUUCACACUGAGGGCUUUUCUAAAGAAGAGAGCCCGAGAUAAUCUUGGUACUGAAUCAAAGGUGGCUACUUAAAAUCUACUCUUUAAAGACACAAAAAGCCAUGGAUAACAGACAAGAUCAACGACAUAUUUACUGUCAAGCCUAACUUGGAUUUGUUUAGUUUUCUUUAUUUUGUGCAAAUACUUUUGGCAUAUCCUCUUUAUUUUAGAGACGUCAUUUGUCAUUUUGCCUUGCUAACACAAAUUGAUAUAAUCUCUUAUGUAGACAGGUAUAACAGGUUUUUAAUAUCACAUAUGGGGACAUUUAGACUUUAGUAUUACAUACAAAACAAAUUCUUCCUAUAUUCAGACAUUAAAAUAGAGUCAGCCUUUCAAUAAUCUACUUUAGAUUUU